GGACAAUUUGCGCCCUCUGGUGGACAAAGGAGCAACUAUGAAUACAAACCCCAUAAAAAACAUUUUAGGAAGCUUAUCAGUCGGGAUUUAUAACAAUGAAUAUUUGCUGAAAACUCACGUUUAGUUGUGAGGUUUGCAUGAAGCUGUGUUCGGUCUCGGUUCAACUGUGGUGAUGUUGGGUUCGUUCUUUUGAAUAGGAUCUAUAUGAAUUGGUUGAACAGUGUUUAAAUGUGGGUAUUUGACUGACAGGGAAACAUAACUUCAGAAGAAAAAAAAAACUUAAAAACCGUACAGCAGACAUGUUAAUAAAACGCAAUAGAAAACUUGUUUUAAAGCUGUGUGGCAGUUUUAUCAACACCUGGUUGAUCAAACCGUAGUAUAAUAAAUUUAAAUAAAACCUCUUUAGUCAGGAAGUUAAACUUAAACAUUCUCCUUCUCUUUAAGCAUUCCCAUCUGUGUGACUAACAGAACUGGAACACAUGAAAUUACGAUUAACAUCCUAAUAAAACGUCGACACGGUGUGCGUAAUACACGCGCCUUGAUGUUUGAAAGAAACCGAUCGAAAGAUCCGGUAGGCGGAAAUCCAACCCUGUGACGGGUUAACAUUCACGUUGUCUUCACCACUUCCCUAUUCUUCUCACUUAACCGGGUUGUCAGAUACUGGCGGGAAUUUUGGAAACAACAAUUUCUGUUUCUGUAGUCCCCGUGUCAAGUACAGAAAUAUACAAUUCUUCCAGACAGCUCAGGCGGUGACAGAUCGCACUAUGCCUAGAGUCAGCGGCCAAAUGGACCCGUUAGACUUUAAUACGAAUGAAGAGUUGCUGUUUUUCUUCCACCGGAAAAAGACGGAGAUUUCAUGUAUAAAACAACCGCACAGACUCCUCACUCAGCUGCGCGACCACGACCUGGUGCCGGAGAAACUUUUUGAGAAUGUGAAAAAUAUGCGUACUCCUAAGGAGAGGGAGCAGGCCUUCUAUGAGGUUUUGGACUGGCUGGAGAAAACUAGACCUCAGGACAUUCAACAGUUCUGGCGCUGUGUGUUUGAAGAUCAUAUCCUGCAGCAGUACCCGACACUACGCAUGCUCAGAAACAGUCUGCUGGACAUAUCUAGGCACAAACUCUGCGAGGAACCUCCAGGUGUUGAGACACCGACAUGGGAGGAGAAAAAAGAAGGAAGGGCAGAGAAAGACCCUAACAAACUCUGUGUGGAACCCCCAGAUGUUGAGACACUGACAAAGAAGGAAGAGAGUGAAGGAAAAGAAAAGAAAGGGAGGAAGAAGAAGACAAGAAAGAGUAAAAGAAAAUGUAUUGAGGAUAGUGGUGAUCCUGAUUUUUUUCUCUGUGUUAACACCCAGUCCGAAGAAACCAGACAAAAAACCCUCAUUCUGCACUUUCAGUCUCUAAACUUGUAUGACAAACCUCCCGAUGUUGAGACACCAACAGAUGAGGAGGAGAGUGAAGGAAAUGCAGAGAAAGAGAAGAGUGACAAAAGCAGGAGAGCAUCUCCUGUGAUGAAAGGAGAUGAGCAGGAGAUUUGGACAUGGGCUAAUUAUGAAAAUCAGCUGCCUGUAACCUGUGGGGAUAAAGAAGGCACUCUGUAUCGGGACAAGCUGGCCAGAGGGGAGAAGUGUAUUUUUUCCAAGGAUAAGUGGUUCACCGGAGGUGAAUUUGAGAAGUUUGGGGGGAAGGAAAAGUCUAAAAACUGGAAAUUCAGCAUCCGCUAUGAAAACAUACCACUUAUGAAGUACAUACAAGAGGGCCGUCUUCAGUGUCAACAGAGGAAGAGAAGAAAGACAACAUGUGUCCAAAAAAACACGGAUGAGCUGUUUCAUGUAAGCCCAAAUAAGAGAUCCAGUAAAGACUCAAAAAUAAACUUCGGUUUGGUGGAGGAAAGUGAUCCAGAAGAUGUCCAGGAAAAGGGAGGGAGAGGAAGAGGAACAGAGUUUAGAGGGAGAGUUGAGGAAGAGGAGGAAGAAGAAGAAGACAUGGCAGAUCUGUCUGUUUUCCAGGCUCCCUCUUUACCAGUCACCUGUGUUUCACUUACUGGGACUCUGUACAAAUACAGGUUUGCGUCAGGAAAAUGUGGGAAGUGUAUACGUACUGAGGAAAGAUGGUUUACUCCAGAGGAAUUUGUAAAGCAGGAACAGACUCUCACUGAUGGACACUGGAAGAAAGAUAUACUGUGCCAUGGAAAAACACUCUAUUUUUUACUCAAGAAAAAAAUCCUGCACACCCAUUCCCUUCGGUGUGAAUGUACAAAAUGCAGUACGCAAGAGGAAGACGUGAUGGCCCAGAACAAUGAUGACGAUUGUUAUGUGUGUCGCACUGAGGGAAACCUUGUGUGUUGUGACGAGUGUCCACGAGCUUUUCAUUCACACUGUCACCUACCAGCUGCAGACGGAGACUUACCUGAGGAAUGGAUUUGUACCUUUUGUGCGUUAAAAGACAGUCAAAAAUCGCGUGACUCAACUAACAUGUCUAAACAAGAGGCUUUUGAUGCCCCAGUGUCUCAAAACAGACUGCACUGCCACUACCUACUGUUACGUGUGUACAGAGAGGACAUCCAGAAGGUGUUUGUUGAGGAUCCACGCAAAACAGUGCCCAGAUACUCUGAGUUCAUAACUCAGCCAAUGUGGCUGGACAGAAUAAAGCAGAAGUUGGAAAGUAAAGAGUAUCAGACGGUAGGAGCGUUCGUCUCUGACUUUCAGCUCAUUUUCAGCAACUGCAGCACAUUCAGUAAGGACAAUGAGUCUGUCCGAAUGGGAGCCAGGCUGAAGGAAAUGUUCGAGGAAGAGUUCCAGAAAAUCUUCAGUAUCAAAAAAAAAGGUUUGGUGGAGGAAAGUGAUCCUGAAGAUCCUGAAGAAGGGAGAGGAGGAGGAACAGAGUUUAGAGGGAGAGUUGAGGAAGAAGAGGAGGAAGAAGAAGACAUGCCAGUCACCUGUGUUUCACUUACUGGGACUCUGUACAAAUACAGGUUUAGGUCAGGGAGUCGUGGGAAGUGCAUACGUACGGAGGAAAGAUGGUUCACUCCGGAGGAAUUUGUAAAGCAGGAACCGACUCUCACUAAUGGAAACUGGAGGAAAGAUAUACUGUGCCACGGAAAAACGCUCAACUUUUUACUCAAGAAAGAAAUCCUGCGCAUCCAUUCCCAUAAGUGUGAAUGUGUAAAAUGCAGUACGCAAGAGGAAGAUGUGAUGGCCCAGAACAAUGAUGACGAGUGUUACGUGUGUCGCUCUGAGGACAAUCUCGUGUGUUGUGACAAGUGUCCACGAGCUUUUCAUGCGCACUGUCACCUUCCAGCUGCAGACGGAGACUUACCUGAGGAAUGGAUUUGUACAUAUUGUGUGUUAAGAAAGAGUCAGCAAGUAACUAUCUUCAAUAACAUGUCUAAACAAGAAGCUUUCAAUGCCCCAGUGUCUCAAUACAGAUUGCACUGCCAGUACCUACUGUUAUGUGUGUACAGAGAGGACACCCAGAAGGUGUUUGUUAAGGAUCCACGCAAAACAGUGCCCAGAUACUCUGAGUUCAUAACUCAGCCAAUGUGGCUGGACAGAAUAAAGCAGAAGUUGGAAAGUGGUGCAUAUCGGACGGUAGGAGCGUUCGUCUCUGACUUUCAGCUCAUUUUCAGCAACUGCAGAAUAUUCAAUAGGGACAAUGAGUUUGGCCAAAUGGGUGCCAGGCUGAAGAAAAUGUUUGAGGAAGAGUUCCAGAAAAUCUUCAGUAUCAAAAAUGCAGAAGUAUUCACACCUAUAGUACGAAAGGGAAAUAAUAAGGACAAACACAAAAAUGUAUACAGGUUUGUGUGUCCAUGUGCCGGUCAGUUUCGUUGCAGUCUGACCAGCCUUGUGUUUGUGAUGGAGGGUGAAGGAGAGGUGCUGUAUAAAACUGUCUCAUGGGAUCCUCGUUGGUUAGAUGGUUUGGGCAAUAUGGAGCCUGCAGGGCCCUUGUACGACAUUGACUGUUCUGAUGGUUCAAUCUCAGGACUGCACCUUCCACACUGUGAAAUAUUCUCUGAGGAAGACAUGGAUUGUUUAACUGUAGCACAUUUGACUGGUGGUAACGUAGCAAUAAUGAAUCCUCUGAAAGUGACUGAAGCUCAUGUGAUGAUUGACAUCGAAGAUCUCUCUCUCUUUGGGCUCAUAAAAAGGAUGAUCUUUCCUCCUUCCCCUGUCACUGCCCAAGUACUUGUCUUUCUGCGACCAAUAACUGAGGGACAGAGAGAAAACAUACUGGAUGUCCAUUUGCUCCCAAACAAUGUUCCAGUGACAGAGGUCAAGGACCAGCACGCAGAGAAUAGGUAUAUUGAAACCAGUUCAAACUGUUGUCUCAUCCCGGGAACAGAAUACCGUCUGUGUUGUCAACCAAAGAGAUUUACAGUGCAGCCAGAGACUGAGGUGUUUAAGUUUAAUUUUGGUCCAAACUAUCAUCCCACAUUUGAAGUGUUUGUGAAUGUCAGAAAAAUGGAGGUCAAGCUAAGUCUUAUUGACAACACUGAAAGAAGGGAAGUGUGGCCUCCCAGACGAAUCCUUCUCACAGGCCAAGAGGUAAAACUCCCAGCUCGCAGAAGGCUCACAGAAUCUGAAUUUGUGAACAAUAUAUUGCGUUACAUGCCUCGCCUCAUUCGGAGAGUUUCAUCAGCGAUGGAGAUUGCUGAUGGUCUGAUGGCCAAAAACAUGAUUACAAAUGAAAUUUACAGUAAAGUUCGUGCUGUAGUAACACCUCAAGAAAGAAUGAGACUCUUGUGGGAUGCUCUUAACUCUGGAGGAGAUUCUGUAAAAGCAGAAUUCUACAGAUUACUGAAGGAGAACGAACCUCAUCUAGUAAAUGAACUGUAUUUUGUAGACCAGUAGACCACAGUAAUGCUGAGAAAACAUUAGAGAGAAACUUCAGUCAGUUUGAGACAUAAAUGGCAGCUUCAUAUGUAUGUAAGAGAGAUCCAGGUACUUAUUUUAUGAAUUUUGUAGAUUUAUAAAUAAUAUUUCUCAUAUGAAUCCUUCAAGUUUGUGUCAAACCUUAUAAUCAUGUUCUUCAGCAUAAUCUGAGAAUGAACCAAACAGCAUCUUGUGCUUCAGUGAAAGCAAGAACAUCUGAGCAUCAGUUUCAACGUGUGCUGAUUUUGCCUGUUUAAUGUAAGAAUGCAGAAUCUAAAACAUUUCUUCAUUAAUUUUAUGCUUUAAUGUUUGUUUUCAAAAUUCUGAAACUGUAUAUCCACAUUUUAGGUUUAAUUUGAAUCCUCAUUGUAUAUGUUAGUGUACAGCAAUAUGCUUAUGGAUUUGUUUAAUAUGAAAUAUGUAUGGUGCUGUUACUGUAUGACAAUAUGAGUUGCUAUAAAAGAUGUUUUUAAUUUGUAAUUUUUUAAGAGUUGCUGUGUGGAAGAAACACAUGGGUCAUAUUUUUCUUUUGUGUUUUACAUUUUUAGCAGUUGAAUAAAA